CACGAGGUAAAGCCCGGGUUUAAGUUCUCCGGGAAAAUCACGGACGCCCCACGAUUUAUCCUGUAUCCAACUGUCAUUAGGCGAUUGUUCCGUGGUGAGAUCUGGCACACUCGCUGUUUUCUUGCACGUUGUAACGUUAGAUUACUCAGCCAAGAGCGCGCGUCGGGUCUAGACCUGGGGCGCCGCGCUGUCCUGGCCGUUACACACAGUCACACACGCACGUCGGAGCUUCCACGCCUGCUCUUAUUACACUGGAUAUUUUACAUGUGAAGCCGUCGGACUCCGGGGAAAGAGCCUGAGCAGUUAGCAACCAGAGGAGCGGCUGUGCGCGGCUGGAGGUGACGGAGGAUUUCGGAAAAGCUUGGAUUUCAUUCUCGAAGUGACUUUAGUUUUUCUUUCUUCUCUUUGGGAAACGGACAAGAGUUAUUUUGGAAGAGGAAAAGAAUAACUUCAUCUCGAAAUGGCGGCGGUUCUUACCUGUGAUGGACACUAUGGAAAAUGAACACAAUUGUACCGAGAGGAACAUGAAGGAACUUAAUAACAUGUCAUGAAUUUGUGCAAUAUUAGCAAGUACUGACUCUGGGAGAAGAUUGCACCCGAACACUGCAGAGACAGAGAAACGAUUCCAAUAUUGCUGUGACAACUCUCUACCCGCAGAAUGGACCUGAGAGAUUCGCCCGUCCUCAUGUUUACGGCCUCCACGCCCACGCCCACGCCCACCGACGAGUCCGACGCCCCCGCCUCCCCGCCCGUCCGCCCCGACGUGGCCCGCGAAGCCGCCAGGGCCACGGCGGGCCUCGACCUGCCGUCCCCCGUGGCGUCCAAGAAGCCCCGCUACACGGCUGUGCCCACCCAGUUCCAGCACCAGUUCACGCCCGUCCUCAACCAGUACCGGCAGCAGUUCACGCCCGCGCCGAAACCGUUCCAGGCGCAGCUCCCCGCCUCGGACUCCAGCUACAUGUGGCCGCCCGGGGUGCAUGCCCUGGCCGGCCUCGACGAGCUGCUCAUCUGCCCGAGUAAAGAAUCAGUGUUCAAAAUCAAAAACGCUGAGAAGGAGGUCCUGUUCACUGCUGAGACCGAAGACGAGGUCGAGUGCUGCUGGUGGACGGGUUCGAAGGAGACAACCAGCAUGUUCAUCGUGAAGAACACAGAUCACCAGGAAGUGUUCUACGUGAGGAGAACAUUCGAGCCCAAUGGUUGUUUCCUCACCAAUAGUAGCACAAGCAUCGACGUGACCUUCCCGUCGGAGGUGCCGGUGGGUCACGUGAUCACAGAGGGCCGAAAGUACGUGCUGACCAACCCUUCUGCAGACGUACUGCUGCGCGUGUGGAGGGACGGCCUCAUGUGUGGUCCCAGGCCAUACAAGAUCUACACCGACGACGGCGAGGAGGUCGGUUCCAUCGAAUGCCACAACUCGGCCAAGAACAGACUGGUGUUCCCAGCCGACCAACAAAUCAGGAACAAGGUGCUACUCCUGGGAACCGCACUCGACAUAAUCACUCGAUACAGGUGUCGGCGGCCGGAAACGCAAGCCUCCGCCGCCGUCAAGCUGUUCCCUCUGGAGAAGAUUACGCCAAAAGAGAUCCGAGAACGCGUCUUGAAAGUGUAG